AUGAUGAUGACGUGCCGUCUGCUGUGCGCCCUCUUGGUGCUUACCCUGUGCUGCUGCCCGUCUGUGUGCGUGACAGCGAGUGGACAAGAAAAUGACACAACGACCACAACGACUACCAGUACGACUACCACUACGACGACGACGACGACGACGACGACGACGACGACGACAACAACAACAACAACAACAAAAGCGCCAACCACUACUACUACUACUACUACGACGACGACGACAGAAUCACCUAAACCUUCGGACACGACAAGGGAACAAACAGAAACUGCGGCUACUAGUACAGAGGAGCCAAGUAUGACGACUACUAGAGCACCAGUUAAUAAGGAUGAACUCAAACGGUCGAUCCCUCGCGGUACUAACGGCAGCUUCAGCGGCUCUGCGUGGGUGUGUUCCUUGCUGGUGCUUGCCGUGUCCGCGCUGGCGUACACCACUCUGGGCUAA